AUGGCUAGAAUCAUCAUCAUUGGUACGGGGUUCAGUGGCGUCUGGAGUGCUUUCUCAGCCAAGCGCCUUAUCAACCUUUCGCAGGAAGGGAACGAUAUUGAGAUACUCGUCAUCUCGCCCGAGCCAACGCUAGUGAUUCGUCCGCGACUCUACGAGGCAAAUGCGGCCAGCUUCACUCAACCCCUUGGUACUAUGUUUGAGGAUGCAGGCAUCAAGUUCUUCCCAGGCAUUGUGAAGACAGUUGACACCGGGGCCAACACGGUUAUUGUCCAAUCUCCCUCUGGACUCGAAUCAGCUUUUGAUUACGACCGCCUGAUUAUGGCAGCUGGUAGCUCCGUUGUGCAACCUCGGGCUAUUGCUGGACUUGAAAGAUAUGCAUUCGAUAUUGACUCUCUAAAGUCGGCUAUCAAGCUUGAGACUCAUAUUGAGAAUUUGGCAUCACUUCCUCCAAGCCGUGCUCGCGAUACUGUCGUCGUCUGCGGUGCUGGUUUCACUGGCCUUGAGAUUGUGACAGAGCUUCCCAAACGCCUUACCCAUAUUCCAAAUCAUCGUAUUCUUUUGAUCGACAAUUCUGAAGAGGUUGGCCAGGCGCUUGGACCAGGGCCGCGUCCGGCUAUCUCCCAAGCUUUGAAGGAUCUUGGAAUUGAAGUGAAGCUUGGAUGUAGAGUCGCAUCAAUCGACGCUGAUAGCGUGAUCCUUACAUCUGGCGAGCGAAUCCCCACCAAGACUGCCAUUUGGACUGCCGGUGUGAGGGCGACCACUCUCACGCAGCAGAUAUCCGGAUCUAAGGAUGGACUUGGUCGCCUCUAUGUCGACGAGCACCUUCGUGUUCCAUCAACCCCGAAUGUUUUUGCCACCGGUGAUGCAGCCUCUGCUCUGUCCGAUACCGAUGGCCACUAUACCAUGAUGUCCUGCCAGCAUGCAAUUCCACUUGGCCGUGUGUCAGGUUAUAAUGCAGCAGCUGAUGUUCUUGGUGAGCCUAUGAUAGCUUACACUCAGCCCGCGUAUGUGUGCUGUCUAGAUCUGGGUUCUUACGGCGCCGUUGUCUCCGAAGGCUGGGGGAGAGACAUAAAAUUCACAGGCGAGAUGGCAAAGCGGGUGAAGUGUUUUAUCAACCGGAAUGUGAUUUAUCCUCCAAAGGAUUACCGACGGGCACUCGAUGAAGCCAGACCAGUUGAGCUCAACGGAACCCAAUUGAUUGAGUUCAUCCUUUCUGCGGUAACGGAAGAUCGAUGA